AUGUCUCUCGACAAGCAAGCCGCGGCCUUCACCAAGUCCGUGCAGGCGCAAGCCAACUUCAGCGGCCCGCGACGCGUCGCCGCGCCGACGGCGUCCAGCACCCCCGCCGCCAGCACGCCCGCCAGCGCCCCCAAACGCAAGCGCAUCGUGGACCGGACCAAGCCCGUCGCGCCGCCCAUCGUCUACUCGCAGCCCACCGACACCUCCCUGGGCACCCAGCACAUGAUGACGCAAGUGCACCACGCCAUCCAGCACCUCAAGCAGCGCGAGGUGCCGCAGACCCCCGAGCAGAUCGCCAGCUACCUGUCCAUCCAGAUGACACCGACCCUGCUGCAGGUCCUGAAGCAGAAUGAGCGCCUCACGUGGAACCCCGCGCAGGGCACGCUGGAGUAUAAGCCCAUCCAUAAUAUUCGCAGUGCGCAGGCGCUGCUGGCGCAUCUGCAGCAGCAGACGACGGCGCAGGGGUUGAGCGUGAAGGAGCUGAAGGAUGGGUGGGCGGGCGCGGUGGAGACGAUUGCGGAUCUGGAGGAGAGCGGGGAUAUACUCGUUACUAGGACGAAGAAGGAUAACCAGCCGAGGAUGGUCUGGAUUAAUGAUAAGACGCUGGAUAUCAUUGUCGAGGACGAGUUCAAGGCGAUCUGGCAUAAGAUUGUGAUCCCGCCGCCUGGAGACCUGCCGGGCGAGCUCGAGAAGGCCGGGUUGAAGCCGACGAGCGUGGACCCGGCGACUAUAAAGAAGGAGGUCAAGGGUGGUGCGCAGAAGGGAAGGAAGAGGGCGCAGAACAGGAGAGUGAAGGUUAGCAAUGUCCAUAUGAACCACAUUCUCAAGGACUCGAAGGACUUGAAGAGGUAG